GAGAGCAGCUGUGUUUAGAAAGUGAGAAAGGUUUUGUGUUUUUUGACAGUUGAAGAAAAAAAAAAUCUCCAGUUAUUUCAUGUGGGUGAGUUACUGAGUCAUGGGCGAGUCAAGCGACUCAGUUUCCAUUGACAUUGAUGUUAUUCCUUUAGGAGGGAAGGAAUUUGUGGUGAAAACAAGCAAAGGUUCAAUCUCUGUUUUUGUUUGUGGGGAUCAAGAAAAACCAGCUUUAAUCACGUACUCAGAUGUUGCUCUCAACUACAUGUCUUGUUUCCAAGGUCUGUUGUUCUGCCAGGAUGCAGCUUCUUUGCUGCUUCAUAACUUUUGCAUUUACCAUAUUGAUGCCCCUGGUCAUGAGUUAGGAGCUAAUGUAAUUUCUUCAGAUGAUCCACUUCUUAGCGUGGAUGACUUAGCUGACCAGGUUGUGGAAGUGCUUGACUUCUUUGGGUUGAAAGAGGUUAUGUGCUUUGGUGUAACUGCUGGUGCUUACAUCCUUACUCUCUUUGCAAUGAAGUACAGAGAACGUGUGCUUGGAUUAAUUCUCGUAUCCCCUAUAUGCAAAGCGCCUUCAUGGGCUGAAUGGCUUUACAACAAGGUAUUGAUGAACCUGUUGUACUUCUAUGGUAUGUGUGGCGUAUUGAAGGAAUGCCUCCUCCAGCGCUAUUUCAGCAAGGAGCUUAGAUGUGGUAUGCAUGGUGCAGAGUCAGACAUAAUACAAGCUUGCCGAAGGUUAUUGGAUGAGAGACAGAGUUUGAAUGUCAUGCGUUUCCUUCAUGCCAUUAAUGAGAGGCAUGACCUUACAGAAGGCUUCAAAAAAUUACAAUGCAAGACGCUUAUUUUUGUUGGUGAUAGUAGUCCAUUUCAUGCUGAAUCCUUGUAUAUGAGUACCAAAAUGGAUAGGAAAGGCUGUGCGCUUGUUGAGGUUCAAGCAUGUGGCUCAUUGGUAACAGAAGAGCAUCCAUACGCAAUGGUGGUUCCGAUCGAGCUGUUCCUGAUGGGAUUCGGCUUCUAUCGUCAACAACAUUUUGCUUCCUCAUCAAGUAAUGGUUCAAACCCUGCUAGCCCAUCAAACCGGACAUGCAUUGCGCCGGAACUUCUUUCUCCAGAGAGUCUGGGGAUUAAACUCAAACCCAUCAAAACCAGGGCAGAUAUUGCUAUUUCACAAUAGUGAGAAGAUAUUCUUCUUCUAGCCAUUUUGUUGCAACACAGAGAGGGGAUCGCAAUCUCAACCUUGCACAUAACAUAUAUAAAUAAUAUAUAGCCUAUGAUAGUUGUAUAAAUAAUUCUUUAAUUACAGGAUAGUAGGGCUGAGUAGCAAAUUCAUUAAUUUAUAUUAUUGUUUGGGAUAGCUUCAGAUUUUUGACAAAAUUAAUUUGUUUUUAGAGUUUUGAUUGUAGGUAGAAAAAUUGUUUAGGAGAGUAUUCUUUGUGGGAAGACCCCAUCUUGUUCCACUGCUGUGAAUCUUAUUUAAUUUGUUGUUGUGCACAUUUAUAUUUCUACUUUUGUAUGUAAUAAUUCUCUAGCAAAAUAUCUACGGUGAUGAGUUGACAUUGUUA